AUGACGACAGAGGACUCCCCCGAAAUCAAAAAGGUCGCCGUCAUCGGCUGCGGAGCCAUCGGCGCAUCCUGGGCCGCCCUCUUCGCCGGCCACGGCCUCCAAGUCUCCGCCUUCGACAUCCGCCCCGAAGCGGAAGCCUUCAUGCGCGACCUCGUCACCUCCGCCGUGCCCACGCUCUCGCGCCUCGGCCAGCUCAAGGCCAGCCCCGACUCGGACGACGACGACGCCGCCGCCGUCUCCGCCGUGCUCUCCCGCAUCGCCUUCACGACCGACCUCGCCACCGCCCUCCACGCCGCCGACUUCGUGCAAGAAAACGGGCCGGAGCGCCUCCCCUCCAAACAAGCCCUCUUCGCCUCCAUCACCGCGCACGUCCGCCCCGCCGUCAUCAUCGCCACCUCCUCCUCCGGCCUCACCUGCUCCUCGAUCCAAUCCGGCGCCGCCUGCUCCUCGCCCACCGCCCACAACCCCUCCCGCUUCGUCGUCGGCCACCCCUUCAACCCGCCUCACCUCAUCCCGCUCGUCGAGGUCGUCGGCGGCCGGCAGACGUCCGCCCAGACCGUCUCCCGCACCGCGUCCUUCUACCGCUCGCUCGGCAAGAAGGCCGUCGUGCUCGACCGCGAAGUCCCCGGCCACGUCGCCAACCGGCUGCAGGCGGCGCUGGUGCGCGAAGUCCUGCACCUCACGCAAUCGGGGGUGUGCAGCGUCGCGGACGUCGACGACGCGAUGGCGUACGGUCCGGGCUUGCGGUGGGGCGUCAUGGGGCCGAAUGCGCUGCUGCAUCUGGGCGGCGGGCCGGGGGGCAUCGAGCAUUUGAGCAGGCAUUUGUUGGGGCCGAUGACGGGGUGGUGGGCGGAGCGGGAUCCGGUGGUGGAUGAGGGGUUGAGGCGGAAGUGGGUGGAGGGGACGAUGGAGGCGGUGGGGGGGAGGAGGUACGAGGAUUUGACGAGGCAGCGGGAUGAGGGGAUUGUGGAGUUGUUGAGGACGAGGGCGGCGUGGGAUGGGUAUGCGGAGGGGAGGAAGGAUGGGGAGGGGAGGGGGGAGUAG